AAGGAGCAUGAUGAUGGGACACACAGCAUCACUGACUCCAGAUCUCAGCAAAUAUCUGAAACCUUCACAGAAAUCUGCACACAGAGAUGCUUUUCUCUGUCCUUCUUGUCCUGGGCAUCAGCCUGGUGCCCAUUUACUCCAAACCAACAGAGGAAUAUUUAGGAAGACCUUUCCUGCAACAGUGCUUUGAAGAGGCAAAGAAAAUAGUGGAUGAUGCAUACAAGUACUCCAGAGAGGAGAGUUUGAGGCGAGUCCGCAUGGAUAUGGUGAAACCCUCUGAUGCACUUCGUCUCCUGAAGCAGCCCCGUGGUGAAACUCGCUCAGCUGUGAGAUCUGCAGACUACAUGGCACAGACCCUCCGUCUGGUACACGACAAGGUGCAUCUUGUGCACAAACGCUCUCUCAACGCAACAGAUUUGCUCACUGAUGAAGACAUGAAUAAACUUGCCAACAUAACUGGAUGUGCUGCUCAAGUCAGAAAGCCACAGUGCCGCACCAUAUCAAACAUUAACAAGUACCGCACAGCCAACAGUAUCUGCAACAACCUAAAAAACCCUCGUCUUGGAUCUUCCAACACCCCAUUUGCCCGCUGGCUGCCCGCAGAGUAUGAUGACGGCAUCUCUCAGCCGAAAGGAUGGAACAGAGACCGAAAAAUCAACAACUUCUUGCUCCCACUGGUACGACAGGUGUCCAACAACAUCUUGAGCACGACAGAUGCAGGUGUGGUCAGCGACCAAGAGUUGCCUCACAUGGUGACCCUUUUUGGUCAGUGGAAUGACCACGACCUCACCUUCACGCCUUUCUCGCCGAGCAUCCGCUCCUUCAGUAAUGGGGUUGACUGUGAUAAUAGCUGCGAGCACACUGAGCCAUGCAUCCCUAUUCCAAUCCCUCCUGGUGACCCCCGCCUGCCAUCCCGCCCAGACACCUGCAUCCCUGUCUUUAGAUCCGCCCCUGCUUGUGGAACAGGAUACUCAGCCUACAAUUUUGGUGGGGAGCCCAACAAGAGAGAGCAGAUUAAUUCGCUGACAGCCUUCCUGGAUCUUGGACAGGUGUACGGCUCAGAUGAGAAACUCGCCCUGUUUCUUCGCAAUCUCAGUUCUGAUGACGGCCUGCUGCGAGUUAACGAAAAGUUCAGAGACAAUGGCCGCGAACUGCUGCCCUCCCACCCUCUGUUGGUGUCAAUGUGUGCUACUCGGGGAAAAGUCACCAAUGACACCAACGCUGAAGAGGUUCCUUGUUUCAUUGCAGGUGAUGCCCGUGUUGACGAAAACAUCGCCCUGACUUCCAUUCAUACACUGUUCAUGCGUGAGCAUAACCGCCUAGCUCGUCAGCUGAAAAGAAUUAACCCACACUGGGACAGUGAGACGCUAUAUCAGGAGGCCCGCAAGAUUAUGGGAGCUUACACACAGAUGUUUGUUUUCAGAGACUAUCUCCCCCACAUUGUGGGUAACGACGCAAAGAACAGAUUUCUUGGCCGUUACCCCGGCUACAACCCCAACGUUGACCCCAGCAUCUCCAAUGUCUUUGCAACAGCAGCUUACCGCUUUGCCCACUUGGCAAUCCAGCCAGUUUUGUCCCGACUGAAUCAGAACUAUGCAGAGGAUUCUCGCUGUCCCAGUGUCCCUUUGUACGAGGCCUUCUUCACCCCCUGGAGAAUUGUCUUUGAGGGUGGAAUUGACCCUCUGCUGCGCGGUCUGAUCGGCCGUCCAGCUAAACUGAACACUCAGGAUCACAUGAUGGUAGACGCUCUGAGAGAACGAUUGUUCCAGUUUGUGCUGCAUCUGGCUCUGGACCUGGGUUCUCUUAACAUGCAGAGGAGCCGUGACCAUGGAUUGCCAGGUUAUAACGCAUGGCGCAGGUUCUGUGGUCUGUCUCAGCCCCGUAACCAGGCAGAACUGGGCCAGGUUCUGAACAACACCGACCUGGCUCGUAAGCUGCUGGAGCUCUACGGGACACCUGACAACAUUGAUAUCUGGCUUGGAGGUGUUGCAGAGCCAUUUGUGGCCGGUGGCCGUGUGGGGCCACUGUUUGCCUGCCUUAUUGGAAAUCAGUUCCAGAAAAUCCGUCAGGGUGACAGGUUGUGGUUUGAGAAACCAGGUGUUUUCACACAGAGGCAGAGGUCAGCACUGACCGCUGCCAGGUUGUCCAAAAUCAUCUGUGACAACACCGGCAUAACAUCCGUACCCCGUGAUGCUUUCAGUGCAAUCUCCAAUGGGAACCAGCGUGUGCGGUGCAGUGACAUUCCUUCCCUUAACUUGUUACCCUGGAGGGAGGAGCAGCGCCGUAUAGGGGAGAAAGAAUCAACACUGGCUGCUUCAUCUGAGUCCGACCCAGAAGCAGACCUUCAUCUCCAGCAGUCCAAUGAUGCCUUUGAGGGUGCCGAUCAUUUUGAAUUAGGAGACAAAGAGGCUGAGAAUAAAGUGGAGGAACUGGACCUUCAGAAACCCAUGGACUUCCAGGAACCCCUGGACCUCCAGGACCCUAUGGACCUUCUGGACCCUAUGGACCUCCAGGACCCAAUUGACCUCCAGGACAAUGAGAUCCAUUAGGACCACUGGAUCACAGAAGCUCUCCUAGAUCAUCAGCAUUAAACAUCAGCUGCAGUCCGCCUUUUCCAUCUGAGUAUAAUUCAUUCUCAGAAAGAAUCAAAUUUCUGUCAGGUCAAGAACAAUAACCAGAACCAUGAUAGCAUGGAAAAAGUUCUGUUUAAAUAUGUCGCCCCUUGUGUCUCUCAGCUCAGCUUCCCUUUCACCUCCAUAACGGAUACAGGAAGUGUUGAUCUGUGUCAUAUCAGCAACAUGUGCUGCACUGUCUCAAGGUCUAGGUCAACACUUGUCAUCAGGACAUAUGCUCUGGCCAGUGAUGGGACCUUCAUGCUGAGCUCCUGAAGAGCCUUUGAGGAAACUUGCUCUUUGCUGUGCACCAUGAACCCAUCUUCUUCAGAUUGAACAUCCACUUCGUAAAAUCUGCUAACUGUGAUAAACUUCAUAUUACACGAAUUAAAUUUGAUCCCUUAUUUGUUAUUAUAACUGUUUCUUUUCAACCAGUGGACCAGGCAAAGGCACGACUGCAUGCAUGUUUUAUGUUCUACUCUGAAAUGAACACAUUUUUAGUUUUACUUGAAUAAACAAAAAUAUAAUUGAAUCAGAUUAGCUGAACUCUGUUACAGUUUGCAAUUUGUUGAGCCAUAGUUUUAUUGAUGGGCUAUACCAGUAUCAUGACAAAUAUAUUAUGCACUGAUGAAAUGUAAGCAUGCCUUAAUAAUGUUGUGAAUUAUUCUUUGUCUGCAAGGCUUCUUUUACUGCAACAUUCUUAUAUUGUACGUUGCAUUCAAUAAAGAAAGAUGGCUAACA